AGUACAAAAUUAAAUAAUCAGAAAUAGAUGUCGCCCUUGGUUUUAAAAAGAUUUUAAAACUUGUGCUAACUUCGCUCACAAAAUGUCUAUUUCCUUUUCCGUGUUAGCUGUGAAAGAAGAAACAUGCCGCUAGCAAAAGAUUUACUUCACCCAUUACCAGCUGAAGAGAAGCGCAAGCACAAGCUGAAGCGCUUGGUCCAGCAUCCAAAUUCCUACUUCAUGGAUGUCAAAUGCCCAGGAUGCUACAAGAUCACAACUGUCUUUAGUCAUGCCCAAGGAGUCGUUGUGUGCGCUGGUUGUUCAACGAUCCUCUGCCAGCCAACUGGUGGACGAGCAAAACUCACAGAAGGCUGCUCCUUCAGGAGGAAGCCCCACUAAACGUUUUGGAGCUCUUUUAUAAAAAUAGGUUUUCGUCCGCGGAUAAACUUCUUUUUUUCGUUUCAUCAAGAGAAUGACUUGUAAUUUGAUUAAAAAAGGCAGAAAAUAAUAACUUUUUAUUUUAUAUCGUG